UAUAAAUAUAUGUCUGGAUAGUCAAAGCAACUGACCCGUUACAAACAACGCCGUCUAUUGGUAAAUUUUCAUGCGAGCCAGGGUUAUCAAACGUGGUAUGUUUAUUUGAAAGGUACAAAGUUCAUAUAUCAAGAUGGUGACGGAUGACGUUCUGAAUGUUAUUUCCCUAGCUGUAUUAACUUCUAUAACUAUUGGUAUGCUUGGUAUCUAUUUCUUCUGUCCAAGGUUUAUUAUUGAAACCUGGAUGAAAUUUUUUGUUUGGUGGAGUGGUAUGAGUAGAAAGUUUGCCCAUAUUGAUGGUAUUACAUUAUGUUAUGGUGAAAAGGGCAGACAAUGUGACAGUAAACCAACUAUUAUCUUUCUACAUGGGUUUUCAGCUGAUCAUUAUAUGUGGGCACCUAUUGCAUUGAGGAUGCCUGCUUCAUAUCAUAUGAUAGCAUUAGAUCAGCCAGGACAUGGUGGCAGUGAUGAUCCACUUGAAUCAGAAGCUAUUGGUUACCAUAGUCAAGUUAAAAAACUUUACCAAUUUUUACAGCAUAAAAAUCUUGAUAUAAAGAACAAACUUCAUAUUGUUGGUUUAUCUAUGGGAGGAACUAUAGGAGGAUUAUUUGCAGCAGAAUAUCCACAUUUAGUACAUAAAUUAACUAUAUGUUGUCCUUCCAUGCAGACACCAUCUGCUAGUCAAUUUGCUGAAAAUUUACGACUUGCUGUUGAUGAAAAAGGACCAGAUGUUGGAAUACUAGAGUGUGGACUACUACCUCAAAAUCCUUCAGAACUACAAAACAUGCUUAAACUUAGUCAUUAUUAUUAUACAAGUCUACCUCAACAGAUUUUACAAGGAGCUGCAGAUAUGCGGAAGCAGAGAAAUGUAUUUUUUCUGAAAUUAUUUCGUAAAAUAGCUGAAACUCCAUCUACAUUAGUAGAUAAUAUACAUCGUAUCGAUACACCAGUACAACUUAUUUGGGGUAGAGAAGACAGUAUUAUUGAUAUAUCAGGAUUAGAUGUAUUAAAAGACAAACUAGUCAAUUGUAAGAGUGUAGAUGUUAUACCAUGUUGUGGACAUGCCAUUCCUUUAGAUCAACCCAAAAUAUUUACAGAACUUAUAUUAGGAUUUCACAAGUUUCACUUAGAUUGAAGUAUCCUGGAUUUGUGGUUAAGAGUUUUUGUAUCACAUAUUUAAAAAUGAUUAAUUUCAUUGUUAUAUAAUGUAGUAGUGGGUUUUAUGCAAGCAGCAGUAAAUUAAAAGUCAUUUUACCUGAACAUUUAAAUGAGCAAUAUUUUUUUUUUUUUUUUGUUUUCUAGAUCUUUCAUUUCUUGAGUUUAAUUAUUAAAUUCAGGGUAAUUUGAUUCAUUGAGGAGACAAUUUCAUGGAUUUUGGUAAAGUUGAUAUUCCAUGGUUUUAAUAUAUCUCUGGAACAAAAUGUGUGUAUGGUUUUAAGUAUUCUCAGAAACACAUCAUCCUGAGAUUUACAUAGCAAAAUAUUUGUUUUAACUGUAUAAAAGUAAUUCAGAAUAUGAUAACUGAGUAGUAGUAUGAACCGGGCAAUUAUUUCAAAUACGCAUUGAAUCUUUAACAUGACAAUAUAAUACUCUUAUCAUCUAUUUUAAGAGGUAUUAGUAGAAGUAUUUAUUUUAAGAGGUACCAAUAGAGGUAUUUUACUUACUCUACUUGACUAGAGUACCGGUACUAUAAAAAUGCCUGUAAUGCAACACAUGUUGUUUUGCUUAUAAAUCAGUCAGAAUCAGUGCAGUAAACUUAUGCCAAAUCAGUAUGCUUACUAUAGAGACCAUGUUGAACCAACUACGUCAUUACAGUUUUAAUUAAAAAAAAAUAAUUUCUCACUUACAAAAACAUUUUUGCUUGUGUUACAGAGGGGAUUAUAUUAUGAAUAUAUAUAUUUAAAAUUUAUGGAAACCUUGUUAAAAAUUGAUGGUCUUCCCCUUUUAGUUAAUUAUUGCUGAGUGUGUUAUAAAGUUUAUAAAUAUUACUGAGACCUUUAUACUGCGAUUGCUGCAAAGGGGGGGGGGGGGGGAUAAUAUAUAAGGUUCACACGGGUGUUGUCUCAAUUCUUGGGUAUAUUUUCGCGACCAUGAAAUCAUGACAACUAUUUUAGAACAAUUUUGUAUACCAAAUCUGAUGUAUAUAUAUUCGCCAUUAUCAUCAUUGUGUAUAUUCAUGAAAUAAUGUAGAUAUGGUCAGUCAGACAUUGAUUAGAUUUUCCCCAUCCCCAGCAAAUCAAAUAAUAGUGUAAAUCAUAUAGCUAAAAGCUUUGUUCACUUUAUUAAAGUUUGUAUUAUUAAAGUGUUGGUACUUUGUGUACUCUCUGUUUUGUAUUGUCUAUUAAACACUUAUAAGAUAAUCAAUAUUAAUAACUUGAACCAAGUAUAGAACAUACAAGUUUGUACAGUGUAAAACCAAAAAUGAAACCUCGAACAAUCCAGAUUAAAUAUUGAAUUCAACAUUUUGCAAAAUAUUUUGGUUCGAAAAUAUUUAGUUCUAUUUAAUUUAAGUUGUGGCAAUAUUUUGAUGUCAAUCUGCCAUCUUUUAUCUCCCUAAGACAAAAAAUAAUGGUGCUAUCUUUUUCAUAAAGCUGGCCCAUUUUUCAUCAAGUUCUUUCUGUUUUACCAAGAUGUGCUUAAUUAUAUAAUUACAACAGUCUUUACAUUAAAAAAAUACAUAUUUUGAACUUUUGGUAUUAAUUUAAUUAAUUUUACUACAUAUUUUGGAUUACAAUAUGCCAAAAUAUAAAAGAUAUCUAACUAAGAAUCAAUGGUAUGUGUAAUGUACAUCAAUGUUAUUGAUAAGAUAAAAUAACCUUGAUAUAAGUAUCUGUUUAUAAAAUUUCAGCCGACAAAGAAUCGAAUGUGGUACAGGUAAUCACAUUAUUUUUCAGUAAGUAUUUAUGUCAGAUACCCCCAAAUUUCUUUAUUAAUAGGAUAUAUCAUAUUUAAAGAUGGGGAACAAUAAUUUAUAACUUGAUGGACAUGAUAUAAUAAGGAGGUACUAGCCUACUGAAUAUCUUAUUUUGUAAAUAGAGUGAAAUGUAUUUUAAUUAUAUUGUAAAUAUAUUUUUUUAUGUUUAAUUGUAUUAUUUGAUUAUUAUGAACAUGUCUUUCAUAUUUUGUCUUAUAUGACAUAUUUUUGCAUUUGAUUAUAUUUUAUAUAUGUACAGUAUUAUCGUUGUUUACACUAGGUCACAUAUACUGUUAGGUUUUUAGUAUAAACUAUAGGUUUUAAAUGCUCAUAAAUCAUUCUUUUUUAGAAAAUGAAAAUCAUUUAUAAUUUUCUCUAUAAAUAAGCUCAAUUCCAGUAGCUCAUUGAUCCUAUAUGGUGGCCAGAAUCCAAAAUGAUGGCAGCAAUUGGCACAAAAAGUAUUCUUUCAAUACCAAUAACAAUAUAUACCUGUCAUAUGUCGUUUCAGGGGUUUUGGGGGACACAGAACAUAAAUAUGCCAUUUCCAAGCUGAUAGGACUAAUGGGAAUGUAGAUAGCAUAAAAAAGUUGAGCAUUUUCAUGACUACUUCAGACAUACAUAUGUAAUAACAACAACCAUAAAUUGUUCCAGACAUCAAUGUGUCUUAUACUAAUAAUACAUUAUAAUGCACUAUAUAAUAAUGUAUUUCGCUGUAUGAUAUGGGAAUCUCAGAAAACACACGUCAAGAUUCUGAGUGUUUUGAGUUGUCUUGACACUUGAUUUCUAAGAUUUCCAUAUCAUACAGCGAAAUACAUUAUUAUAUAGUGCAUUAUAAUGUGUUAUUAAACAUCGUCAACAUUGUUCCCCAAGAAAUGAUCACGGAUCUGGGGGUUGUGCUCCUGACUAAUAUUAAGUUUCUCCUCAGUAUGUACAGUUUGGCACAAAUCUUAAGUUUUAAUUUAAAGAAUCUCUCUUAUGAUUAACAAUGCACAGGAAGUGUGCUUUCACAAUCUUACACAGAACGCAGCUAGGAUUUUACCUUUAUCAGUAUCAAAAUUCCUACUUAUUUCAACGUAAAAUUAGUGUAUUGAAUAUAGCAUUGCUCUACAUGUUAUUUUAAUGUAUUAAAUGAAUAUAUUUUAUUAAUAUAUUGUGUGUAUAUUGUUCAUAUUUAUUAAAUAUUUA